AUGUUCUAUACGCUCGUCCUUAUUUUGGUUGUGCUGCAAGUUGCUGCUGCGACGGCACCCAACAGAACAGCAGUUAUGGCUGACCUGCUAAAUCUCGACGGCUAUAGUGCCAGAGUUGCUGAGCUGAGAGCUUACAGAGAGUAUAAGUUGCAGAAAAAAGCUGCUAAGGAAUAUGCUAAGCAAAAAGAGAAAAAGAAAACUGAGUGUAAAUCUCCUACCAAUGGAACAUAUACAGUGAAGAUAGAAUGUCGAACGAAAAUUCGAAUUUCUGUUGUGGUGAAAUCCAAAGAAAAGCUGAGAAAACCCUAUACGAAUGGACCUGACCGUGUAAAACCACCAAGUGUGAAAGGUAAAGAUGUCGUUGAGUGCCGCAAUCCAUACUGCUGCGGAGAGUGCAGUAAAGACUUCAAAACGCAUACUGGAAAAUGGUACCAAUGCUACAGUCUCUGCGCUAAAAGUUAUCCCAAAGAAAAUAAAAAUUAUCGACAGGUCGCGGAAGCGGCAUAA